AUGGCUUCCGCCAAAGAAACGUCUACAAAGCUACGAGACUCGAGCAACGAUGACACCGAACGCCAUGGCAGUGUCGCAAAUGUCGACAAAGGGAAAUGGGAGCGCUUGUGGCCUGUGAUAGCAUGCGGGGCUGGACUUUUUAGUGAUGGAUAUCUGAACAACAUCAUCGGUCCUGUCAACACCAUGCUAUCUCGCAUUUAUCCCCAGGAAUACACAAAUUCUUCCGCCCAGGCAAAUGUAGCCAGCAUCACUUUCGCGGGUACAGUCCUAGGUAUGCUCUUUUUCGGAUAUACGUCCGAUCAUUUCUCGCGCAAAUGGUCGCUAUUCGCAUCCACGAUCAUCAUUAUCCUCUUUGCUGCACUCGGCGCAGGAUCAUACGGCGCAGGCGGUAGUCCUUCGGGUCUACUCGCAGCUCUUGUCGCCUACCGUUUCUUCUUAGGCAUAGGAAUUGGCGGCGAGUACCCAGCUGGCUCUGUAGGCUGCGCUGAAUCAACUGGCGAGCUUAAGUCUGGUAGCCGCAACAAGUGGUUUAUCCUCUUCACCAAUGUCCAGAUCGAUCUUGCAUUCUUGAUCGCCGCCAUUGUAGCAACCAUAGUCGUUCUGAUCACCGGCGAAGAUUAUCUACGUGUCGCAUGGCGCGUAUGUCUGGGCAUCGGUAUCAUCCCGCCCCUAUCGCUGCUUUACCUACGUGUCAAGCUCCAGGAACCCGAAGCCUUCAAGCGGGAGUCAUUUGCGAAAGCAAAGACACCAUGGCUGCUUGUGGCCAAAUUCUACUGGUUCCGCUUGUCCAUCGUCAGUAUCAUCUGGUUCAUCUACGACUUCAGUGCCUAUUCCUUCGGCAUCUACGGCAGCACCAUCCUUGCCAACCUGCUGGGAGCGGAAACAGCGCUAUGGAAGAGUCUUGCCUGGAACAUUCUGCUCAACUUCUUCUACACACCUGGUGCUCUGGCCGGUGCCUUUGUUGCAGAUCUCCCAUACAUGGGACCCAAGAAGACAUUAUUCAUCGGCGUCACGCUACAAGGCAUCGUUGGCUUCAUCAUGGCAGGCUGUUACCCCUGGUUGGGUAAGUCAGAGAACGUCGCUGGAUUCGUGGUCGUCUACGGAAUCUUCCUUGCUUUUGGAGAGUUCGGUCCCGGUGAUAACAUUGGACUCAUAGCUUCAAAGACUUGCGCGACCGGUAUCAGAGGCCAAUACUACGGUAUCGCAGCUGCGGUGGGCAAGAUCGGUGCCUUCGCUGGAUCUUACGCGCUCGAUGCGCUGCAGACAGCUGCUGGCGAUGACAAGAUUGCAGCGGGACGUAAUCCGUUCUUUGUUGCGAGUGCGUUGGCAUUCCUUGCGGCAGGGCUUGUCUUGCUGCUGCCACAUAUCGGUCAGGACACAAUUGACGAGGAGGAUAUCAAGUUCAGGGAUUUCUUGAGGUCGAAUGGCUACGACACAAGCAAGAUGGGUCUCGAGAGCGCGGCGACCACGAACAGUGAGAGGGUCAUUGAGGCAGAGAAGUAA